UCGUACAACGUUGCACGCGCACUGACCUCCCCGCUCCGGAGCGUCGCUUCCAGUAUGCGACAACUCCAGAGCGAAGCAGCACACCUGUCUUUCUCCUCUUUAAAUAAACUCUCUCUGUUUCAACAAAAGAAUAAAUUCUCUCUCUAACUCGUGCCCUAGUCCGCCAUUAACGCUCUCGUUCGCGACCUUGUCGUGUCCGCCCUUCCCGACAAGAGAUAUAAAGCGACCGAGAAUCUCUGAGCGCCGAAAUUUGUGCAGGCCAUUAAAGUCCUCCUCCACCGAGGCCGAGCAGUCGCUUCUGUCGCGCCAUAAAAGAAGCAAACCUUGAUCACGUUCCCCUCCGGCCAGUUGCCGAGAUCCGGCCUCCUCCUGCCGGGAUCGAAUUGGAUCCGCCGGAGAAGCUUGUUGGUGCCGCCGGAUCCGGCCGGGAUGUUGACCUGCGUCGCGUGUUCGAGGCAGCUUGGCGGCGGGCCCCUCCACGAACGCGCCACCGACGACGACGACCACGAUCCCGCCGGCGGGACGCCCAGCACCCGCCAGGCCAUCAAAUCCCUCACUGCCCAGAUCAAGGAUGUGGCGCUGAAGGCGUCGGGGGCGUACAGGCACUGCAAGCCGUGCGCGAGGUCGGGGCGGCACCGCGGGGGAGGCAGCGGUGGCGGCGGGGGGUAUGCGGUUUCGGACGGGGCGUCGGAGUCGGAUCGGUUCCACUACACGUACCGGCGGGCGGUGGAAAGCACGGGGUCGACGCCGAGGGUGUACCGGAGGGAGAUGGAGGCCUGGCUGAGGGCGCUGUCGAGCGGGGAGGGGACGCCGUCGAUGAGCGGGCGGAUGGAGACGACGUCGUCGGCGGUGUUGAUGGAGGAGGAAGACGAACCCAAGGAGUGGGUGGCCCAGGUCGAACCCGGGGUUCUCAUCACCUUCCUCUGUCUACCCCAAGGAGGGAAUGACCUUAAGAGGAUUCGAUUCAGCCGGGAGAUGUUUAACAAGUGGCAAGCUCAAUGUUGGUGGGCUGAGAACCAUGACAAGGUCAUGGAGCUCUACAACGUCCAGAGGUUCGAUUGCCAGGAUGUUCCCCUCCCCACCCCUCCUAGGUCCGAAGAUGUGAGCACGAAGGAGGACAGCCCGGUGACGCCACCGUUGAGCAAAGAGCGGGUUCCCCGCAACUUCCACUGGCCAUGGACAGGUGGUGUUGGUGGUGGAGCGAUAGGUUACUCAUCAUCAGACUCACUCAAGCACCAUUCCAGCCACCACCAUCACCAUCAUGGGCAGUACUAUCAUGAUUCAGGGGGUCUGACAUCAACACCGAAGCUGUCAAGCAUCAGUGGAGCAAAGAUGGAGACAUCAACAUUGGAUGCAUCGGUGCAAACAAGCUCAGCUCCAGAGGAGGCGGACCGAUCGGGGGAGCUAUCGGUGUCGGUGAGCAAUGCCAGCGACCAGGAGAGGGAGUGGGUGGAGGAGGAUGAGCCUGGGGUUUAUAUUACCAUCCGGGUGCUUCCUGGUGGCAUUAGAGAGCUCCGCCGUGUACGGUUCAGCCGGGAGAGAUUUGGUGAGUUGCAUGCAAUGGUGUGGUGGGAGGAGAACCGAGCUAGGAUUCAUGAACAGUAUCUAUGACGAGGGAGAAAGCGAUGUGUUAAAGCAGCAGCAGCAGUAGCUGCAUUAGAAUGGUCUUUGCGUCCAUUUGACCACAUCUGCUGCUUUCGGUGAAGGCUCAAGCUUCUUUCUUCAUCACUUCAUUUACGAGCUAUAUGCAAACACUGAGCCCUGACAUUGAGCGGUAUCCGUUUUCCUUCUUCGAAUGCCCGAUGGCUUCUGGUCGUGCAUUAACCUAUGCUCCUGGUGGGAAGCUUGGAUAGAAAGCACAAGCAUGCUUUCUUGGGGCAAAAAAAUGCGUUUUUUGAUGGUUUACUGUAGCCUUGUUUCUUAUGUUUCUUUUGUUAUUUAUGUUUUUUCUACGUGCCGAGCACAUUGUGUGGAGGAAUUCUUGGGGGAAACUUGAAUGAGGGUGCUUCUUGUUGAUGUAGAUGGAAGGCUUUGUAUUGUGAAUGAGUGAAGAUGUUGAUAUUCCUCUGCUGAA